AUGUUGUCUUAUAUUUUGGUAUUGCUUUCUGCGUUGAUUGUUUCCGCUACUGCAGCUGUGCACCACCUGUUCGUAGGGAAUCUCUCACCUCCAUUCUCAAUCCAUGCCCUAGAAUUUGAUGACCAGGCCGUCACGCUCAAGAAAACAAAAACUCUUCCAGCCGCCGGCACUCAUCCAUGGAUAACAUUUGACCGCACUAAAUCCAACGUCUACGGUGCAUCCUUCAGCAAUGCCAGUGUGGCCAGCUACUCCGUCCUCGAUCAUUCCACCCUCCGUCUUGACGCAUCAAUCAACUCGACAGACAAUUGUGAUAAUCGCACCGCAGCCUAUGUCCAGUCCAGCUCCCAUCCACCUUAUCACGUGUAUACGGGGUCGUGGCCUGGACCCCAAGCGUGUGGCCAAGCCUUAUCCACAUAUAGAAAUGGAACACUGAAAGAAGUUAUACAAACGUGGACUUACAAAAAUGACUCGGGGAUUCAUGGACUGGCCUUAGGGCCCGGAGAUCGCAUCCUUUAUUCGGCGGAUCUGAAUGGGGAUGCCGUUUGGGCACAUGGUGCUGGUACGAGAUGGGGAGGCGACGAUAGGGCUAUGGCCGUUAAAGGGAUGUUCAAUAUGCCUAAGAAGGGGAAGCACCCAAGACAUUUAGUUGCUCAUCCUAACGGGGAGGUCCUGCAUGUGGUCAUGGAGGCUGGGAAUGAGAUUGUAGAAUUGGAGGUCGACAGGCGAGGGGUGCCAGUGAAGGAGACGGGGACUUGGUCACUUAUUCCACCAACUACAAAAAACACCUCCGACUACUGGUCCGCCGAAGUAAAAUAUUCACAUAAUCACCGGUACCUCUGGGCAACUGCCCGCGCUCGACAAAAUUCCACCAACACUGGCUUCAUCACUGUUUUCGCCCUCGGUCGUGAUGGCAGAGUGGAGGAUCCACUAGCGAGGGUCCCUACUACGACCACAGGCGGUAUCGCGAAUGCGGUUGCGCCAGCGCCGUGGGGUGACGAGUGGGUUGCUAUGGCAGAUGUACCGAAGGGGUAUGUGCAGAUUUGGAAGCUUGGGAGAACUAAUGAGGAGAAUCAUGGGAAUGAGCUGGCGAGAAAGGAGGAUAGGUUAGGGAAGAAAUGGAAUGGGACUUUUACGGCAACGGCAGUUGCUAGGGUUGAUAUUGCAGAUGGUGGCUGCUGUGCUAAUAUUAUUUGGUAUGAUUAA